AUGGCUGCAGAUGAUAAAAAACUCUUGAUCGAGUACAAUAAGUUAAGGGAAACCAAGUGUCUGCUGGAAGGAAAAAGUGAAAUGUACUGGAUGAGACCUCAAAGAAGACACUUUCCGCAGUCUAAUCGCAGUUCACUAGAGAAAGUACGAGAAGAGAAGGAGGAAUCUGAGAGUGAGAGGAACUCCUGGAUAACAAUUACUCCUCUUCAUCAUAAGGAAAGGAGGCAUUUUCCAGAAAGAAAUAAUGCAAUCUUUGGAUGA